AUCACAUGACCCUGUUCUGGUUUUUACAGCAGCUUUCAGUCCCACUGAGUCAGUGUUGGUCAAAGAGUGAACUCAGGAACAUGGCUUCAUCCUCUGUCAGCUUCUGGAUCCUCCUCAUCACCGUCUGCAGCACAGAUGGAUUCGUGUAUUUUCAAACAUACUGGUGUGACUUUAACUCCACUGAGCUGAACGACAUCGAGUACACUGCGUCUUAUUAUUACCAGAAGUUGGAGUUCACCAGGUUCAGCAGCAGUUUGGGUAAAUAUGUUGGAUACACUGACUACGGAGUGAAGAACGCAGAAGCAUGGAACAAUAAUCCUGCAUAUCUCAACCAGGCGAGAGCUCAGAAGGAGACGUACUGCCAACCCAACAUUGUUAUUGACUACAGCAACAUUCUGUCUAAAUCAGCUAAACCCUACGUACAUCUGUACUCCACGACGCCCCCCUCUGGUCGUCAUCCAUCCAUGCUGGUCUGCAGCAUCUACAAGUUCUACCCCAAAUACAUCAAAGUGAGCUGGUUCAGAGACGGGAAGGAGGUCACCUCAGAUGUUACCUCCACCGAGGAGAUGGAGAACGGGGACUGGUACUACCAGAUCCACUCACACCUGGAGUACACACCCAGGUCUGGAGAGAAGAUCUCCUGUGUGGUGGAACACGCCAGCCUGAAAGACCCUCUGAGAACCGACUGGGAUCCGUCCAUGCCUGAGUCUGAGAGGAACAAGAUCGCUAUCGGAGCCUCAGGACUGGUUCUGGGUCUGGUCUUAUCUCUGGCUGGAUUCAUCUACUACAAGAGGAAGGCCCGAGGACGUACUCUGGUUCCAACCACUAACUGAGGACGGAUCCUGGUCCUAGUUCUGGUCCUGUUUGUCAGAUGGGAUAAUAUUGAGUUUCUGCUUUAACCUGCUUCCUGUUUUCAGCAGACAGACAAUUAGAUUAGAUAAAGACUUUAUUAAUCAGUUCCAUCAGAAUCCACACAGAAAGAUUGAGAGUCUGGACUGUUCUAGACCUGAUCCAGGACUGGACCUCUGAUGCUUAGCUGGUCUUAGACCAGUUCCAGGUCCUGGUUCUACUGGUCCUGGUCCAGGUUCUGGUUCUGCUGCUUCUUGUAUCUGCUUCUAAAUCAUGUAAUCAGGACUUUGAUUCUGCUGCAGCUCGUCUGAUUCACAUUCUGACAUUUUUACUGGAUGUUUAAUAAACUGUUUCCAACUCUG